CAGGCUAUUGCAGGGAGCAGCCUGCGUUACAGUCUGGGCCUGGUGCAGUCACAUCACACAGGGGCUGAGGGUAGGUCCCAGCUUCCUGCACGGAGUGAGCAGCCCCGGCCUGCAGCACGGCUUCCUGUCCCGGUGAUCGGCAUCUCCCCGGAGCACGUAGCGCCCAGCCUGCAGCCGUAACAAGGAUCAAAGCUGGGCAAUGGAUUAUGCAGCGAGCCCUGUGCCACCCCUCUCCAGAAGAGACAAGUCUGCAAUGACCCAGGACACCAUAUAUUUCUAUUACAACUAUUUGUAGUUAAAUUCCAUGGACUAACGGAAAUGCCAGUUUAAAUGGCAACUCCAAAGUUCAAGUAAUCGAGUCAAGAGAAAAUGUGUUCAACAAAUCCAGAUAACUGGGUGACUUUUGAUGAUGAGAAACCAUUCCAGUCCCCACAGAAAUCCCUCAUGUGUCCUCAUGGUGUUUACAAUCCUACUCCUAAAUCAAGUGGAUUCAAACUGAGUCUGUCUCGUGAAGAGACAACAAGCACUUCUUCCUCUAACUCCACCAGCCCCCAUACAUCUCCAGUAAUAGACUUCUUUAUGAGUCCUGGUCCUCCAAGCAAUUCACCUCUCUGUACACCAAUCAAAGACAGCCUGGCCACACCCUGCAUUCCCAAGUUAGGGUCUCAUAACUUGUACCCUAUUCCAGAGAGGUCUUUGACCCACCCUCAGGCAUCAAGUCCGUUGAAAGCGAACCAUACACAUACAUCAAGUAGUUCAUCUCCUUCAAGGACCAAUGGUACAAAUCUUUCCACAUGUCAACAGAAUAAUCAUUUAUUUGACUUGUCAGCUUCCCAUGUAGACCACUCUCAUAGUGACUGUACCUUCUCAAGCCCAUUUUGGGACAGUGAUGUCACAAAUAUGUCAUUCACUGGUGAAUGCACUAUAGCGGAUUCUCAUGUAAAAGAAGAAAUAUCUGCAAAACAGGAAUAUAAUACAAUGGAAAGAGAAGACUCUAAUAACCAAAAAAGUCUUAACCACUGUUCUUUCGGUUACGUGUGCGAAAGGCUCCAGCACUUAAAGAUUGACCCACCUGACAAUUUGAAACACCAGCCUGUCUGCGCGGAGAAAAGGAACCCAUCAUUUAUUCCACAAAGUCUCUUUAGAAGUCAGAGAAAAGAUGGGUGGCCUUUCAUGCUGAGGAUACCGGAAAAAAAGAACGUGAUGUCUUCGAGGCAGUGGGGACCUAUUUACCUGAAAGUUCUAGCAGGUGGAAUUCUGCAAAUGUAUUAUGAAAGGGGCCUUGAAAAACCGUUCAAAGAUUUUCAGCUUCAUCAGUUCUGCAGACUUUCCGAGCCGAAACUAGAAAACUUAGGAGUUUCAGAUAAAAUACACACUGUUAAAAUUGAAAAUGUAACAUAUGUGGAAAAAAGGAAAUACCAUCCAAAAUUCGAAGUAGUCCGCGAGGCAGAAAUCGAACAGACAUUAAAAUUGGGAACCACGGACUACCACGACUUACAGGACUUUAUUACCACAAUGGAGGAGGAGCUACUGUUGCAGGCACCGGUUUCAAAGCAAAAAAAAACCUAUGAAGAGCCGGAAAUGUUAGUGGAAAUCGUGGACAAUUUUUGGGGAGAGGUCACCAAGAAAGGGAAAGUUACGGAGAAGGCGGUGAUUUGUCACAUCUAUGGUCUUUGCUUCAUUAAUAGUGGCAUGGAGUGUUUCUUAACGUUAAACGAUGCCAAACUAAAAAAGUUAUCUGAAAGCUAUUUUACAAAGGAGGGUGACCAAGUGUUGAUUAAUAUUGAUGAAUAUCAUUUUCACAAGUGUGUAAGAAGACAGGAAUUUGAAAAGUCGAGGAUAAUUAAAUUCACCCCGCCAGAUGCCUGCAGAUUUGAACUCAUGCGCUUCAAAGCGCCUUGCAGUGUUCAAGAGCUUCCGUUUUCGAUGAAGAGCUUGGUCGUGGUGCAGGGAGCCUACGUGGAGCUUCAAGCUUUCCUAAACAUGUCCAGUAGUGUUGCGGUUUCUUCACCGAUUAAAUACUGUGAAAACGUGACAAUCCACUUCCCAGUCCCUGCACAGUGGGUGAAAGCUCUGUGGACUGUUAGCCUUCAGAGGCAAAGGUCCCUCAAGACAAAGAUGAAUCGAAGAGCUUGCCUUGGGUCUGCGUAUGAAAUUGAAUCUGAGCCAGUCAUACAAGUAACGAUCGGAACAGCAAAAUACGAGAAUGCAUACAAGGCCGUCGUUUGGAAAAUUGACCGACUUCCAGAUAAAAAUUCUAGUCCGGAUCAGCCGCACAGCUUUUCCUGCAAGCUGGAACUGGGCUCAGACCAGGAGAUACCGCCCAGCUGGGAGCCGAUAGCGACUGUGCACUUUGUUAUGCCCUUUACAUGCGUCUCAGGGGCCGAAGUGAAAUCAGUGGGCGUCGAGAGUGAUAUCCAGCCCCAUAAACACGUCAUACAGAAAGCUUGCUACAACAUCCAGGUGGAGAUUGAGAAACAGCGCAUUCCCACUGAGGGAGAAGACAUGAACAGGGCUGGAGAUUGCUUAAUGCAGUAGAAACAGGACAAGUCUUUGAAUGGUGUUACACAGAAACUGCCUUAUUGAGAUAAAACCCUUAUUUCAGGAGCUAGCUUCCUUUGCCACGCCAUGAACCGUACUGCAAGUCCCAGAAUGCUCCGUCAGCUGAAGAUAUCGUGUAGUGCAGCAACUGCUGGUGUGAUAAAGUUUCCACAUUGCUGUCUGUAUGUGUACAGAUGUAAAUAAUUGCUUUGUAAUGAUAUUUUGAAUUAGUAAUAUAUGUUAGAUACACUGUUAAUAUCACUUGCAUAUACACAAUAUUGAUAAUAUAAAAUAAUAUCCUAUUUGUAGUACACACUAUACACAUUGCAUAUUUAUGUACUUACCACACUAUGCUACAAUUCUGGUAUAAUUUUGCUGGUGGAUUUGCAUAACAAGUAUUUAGCAAUAAGGCUAUACUAUCCAUGGGGAUAAAAUGAAAAUGAUUACAUGAACAAAUAAUUGGAACCAUACCGUACAUUUCUGCCAGCUAUUAUGUGUAUUCUCAGGGAGUCCUCUACAUUCCGAUCAUAAACUCAUGUCUAUUAAAGGGACAGUAAUGGAAAACAA